CUUUAGUGAUCAUUAUCUAUGAUUGGAAUAUUCUUUUAGAUCUUUAACAAAUCCAGGGUAAUGAACCAAUCAGAAAUGAUAGGGCAGGAUUACGAUGAACUUUACGUAAUGGGACGUGACGUGAAUUUGACAUUUGAGGUUAUAUUAGUGUGAAAGAGAUCAUUUAUAAAUAAUCAUUAAGCGCUUAGUAAGCAGCUUUUUCUGAAACGCGGCCAUUGAUAUGAUGUUAUAUUGAAAAUAUGUCAAACGUUUUUAUCUUGUUUUCACGUUUCACACAAAAAAGCACAAACAUACGAUAAAACAAAUUUUAAAAUUACAUAUGUGUGGCGAGCUUGGUUGAGGUUAAGGUCACGAUUGAUUGGUGGAAAUCUACCGAUCAGAGCGAAACUUCGCCGGACAGGUUACGGGUUAUAAUUUAGAUCCGAGUCUAAAUAUAUAUAAUUACAUAUAUUUCAAUAUAUUUAUAUUUAAUCAUAAAGUAUAUACACACAUUAAAAUACAUAUUUAAGAAAUAUAUACGGUAUAAAUUAAUCUUAAAUGAAUUAAGGAUAUUAAAUAAUAUAGUCAAGGAUUUUUGCAUACUGCGUCUUGAAAAUGAUUACGCGAAUAUUAACAAAAAUGUUAAAAUAUAGUACGAUUGACAAAAGAAAACUCCACACAACAGCAAUUAUGUCUUUUUUCGAGCCAGACCCGAAAUCAGGUUAUAAGACCGUAUAUGAUAGACCACCGAUAGAACAAGAUUUGAAUGUAUUUGAAAGAAUACGUGAAGGAUGUAAACAGUUCAAAGAAGAAUUUGGUGUUUUUAUGGGAGAAGUAAGAGAACAUUUUCGAAAUGAUCCAAUUAUAGUAUAUAGGCCAAAUGAAGUUGAUGUUGUGUGGCGUUUUAACGGUGACCCUAAAUCAUUAGAUCAAUGGGUUGUUACAUGUGACAGUGAUCACGAAGAAGGUUUUUCAACAGCCAAAUUGGAAAUGUCCUCUACUGGCACUGGUAUAUUUUCUGGUGUAUUGAGCACUCGUUUGCCCAAAGACGGCAGAAUAAAGUAUGCUGGUUACUGUAACAUUACUACAAUACCUAAAUACAAAUCAUUUAAGCGUGAAAUCAAUCAUGAUUGGACACCAUAUACUCAUCUUAUCCUUCGUGUUAGAGGAGAUGGAAGAAGUUAUGCAAUAAAUCUCAGUACUAAAGGCAUGUACGACUUGACUUGGAAUGACAUGUAUCAAUAUGUACUCUUUACCAGAGGUGGGCCUUAUUGGCAAUAUACCAGGAUACCAUUUUCUAAGUUUGUGUUUGCAAGUAAAGGCAGAGUACAAGACAGACAGAAUCCAAUUGAGUUAAAUGAAAUUAGGAAUUUUGGCAUUACAUUGGCAGAUGAUGUUUCUGGCCACUUUAAAUUGGAAAUUGAUUAUAUAGGCUUGGAAUGUGAUAUGUACAAUGUAGAAGAAUCUGCUUAUGAAGGAUAUGAUCAAACAGGAAUUAGAUUUUAGCAUUAUACGAUUGCAUUCCAAUAUUCUUGCCAGUACGUAAAACCUAUAGUUCAUGUUACAUAUACUGUAGAUUUCCAAUGUUGGAAGUUAAAAUCGGAAUGUAGCCACAGAUAUAAAACGCCGC